AUGUCCGCCAACCUCGCCGACUACGAGCUCUUCAAGCCGCUGGAGCUGGCGCCGGGCCUGACGCUCAAGAACCGCUUGGUCUUCAGUCCGUGCACGCGCGCGCGGUCGGACAUCAAGACGCGCUGCCCCACGGACGAGAACGUCAAGUACUACGCGGCGCGCGCGAGUGCCGGCCUCAUCAUGUCGGAGGGCUGCGCCGUGUCGGAGCAGGCGUACGGAUGGUACGGCGCGCCUGCGCUGUACACGGACGAGCAGCAAGAAGGCUGGCGCAAGGUCGUGGAGGCCGUGCACGCCAAGGGCGGCAAGAUGUUCGUGCAGCUGUGGCACAUGGGCCGCCAGUCGCACCCGUCCUUCCACCCGAGCAACGAGGUGGCCUCGUGCUCGUCGUCCUGCUACUCGACGGGCCGCACGCACGACUCGGAGGGCAACGCCACGGGGUUCCCCACGACCCGCGCGAUAACAAUUGAGGAGAUCCACCAAGUGAUCGAGGACCACCGCAAGUGCGCGGAGCGUGCCAAGGCCGCGGGCUUUGACGGCGUCGAGUUCCACGGAGCGGGCGGCUACUUGAUCGACGAGUUCCUGCAGACGAGCACCAACAAGCGCACGGACGAGUACGGCGGCUCGGUGGAGAACCGUUUCCGCUUCCUGCGCGAGCUGAUCGAGGCCGUCACGACCGUGUACCCGGCCGAGCGUGUUGCUGUGCGUCUGUCGCCGAACGGCGUGUACGGCGGCAUGGGCAGCGAGGACAACUACGAGACGUUCACGUACGUGAUCACGGAGCUGAGCAAGAUGGGUCUGUGCUACUUGGCGACGCACGACGGCUUCGGCUUCGGUCGCUCGAACAAGUGCCGCGUGUUCACGGUGUUCGAGCUCAAGACGCUGUUCAAGGGCCGCGUCAUGGCCACGUGCAGCUACACGCGCGACCAGGCCGAGGGCGUGCUGCAUGCGGGCGUGGCGGACUUGGUGGGCUUCGGCCGCCCGUUCCUCGUGAACCCGGACCUGCCGGAGCGCUUCCGCAACGACUGGCCGCUGGCGGAGCCGCUGCCGUACGAGCUCUUCUGGAACGCGAAGAAGGGGCUGGAGGGCUACCACUUCUCUGCGUACGACCCGAAGAAGGCGGAGGCGGACAAGGAGAAGCAGGCGAGCCCCGUGGACCCUUAA